AUAGACGCGUUUUCUGUUAAAAAUAAAAAUAAAAAUAAAUUUAUUAAACCUACCUAGGCUUACAGCGCAUCAUGUCUAUUGAAAUAGAAUCAGCAGACGUAAUUCGUCUAAUUCAGCAAUACCUAAAAGAAUCCAAUCUACUCAAAACGCUUCAAACCUUACAGGAGGAAACUGGAGUUUCACUCAAUACAGUAGACAGUGUCGAUGGGUUUGUCCAAGAUAUCUCUAAUGGCCACUGGGACACUGUGCUCAAAGUAACCCAAUCUCUGAAGCUGCCAGACAAAAAAUUACUCAAUCUCUAUGAGCAAAUUGUCUUGGAAUUGAUAGAGCUGCGUGAAUUGGGUGCCGCUCGCUCACUACUUCGUCAAACCGACCCAAUGAGUAUGUUAAAGCAGCAUGAGCCCGAGCGGUAUAUACAUCUAGAAAACAUGUUGCAACGAGCAUAUUUCGAUCCCCGCGAAGCUUAUGCAGAGGGCAGCAGCAAAGAGAAGCGACGUGCGGCUAUUGCCCAGGAGUUGAGUGGCGAAGUGCACGUUGUGCCUUCGUCCAGGCUCUUGGCGUUGCUUGGCCAAGCGCUGAAAUGGCAACAGCAUCAAGGUCUUCUUCCACCCGGCACUACCAUUGAUUUAUUCCGUGGUAAGGCAGCCAUGAGAGAUCAAGAGGAGGAAAUGUAUCCAACGCAACUGUUUAGACAGAUCAAAUUUGGUGAAAAGUCUCAUGUAGAGUGUGCACAGUUCUCACCAGAUGGACAGUAUUUAAUAACAGGAAGCGUAGAUGGCUUCUUAGAAGUUUGGAAUUUUACAACGGGCAAAGUACGUAAGGAUUUGAAAUACCAAGCGCAGGACCAGUUCAUGAUGAUGGAGCAAGCUGUGCUGGCAUUAACCUUCUCGCGGGACUCUGAAAUGGUUGCAUCCGGUGCUCAGGACGGCCAAAUAAAGGUUUGGCGCAUCAUUACCGGCCAGUGUCUGCGUAAAUUUGAGAAAGCACACACCAAAGGCAUUACCUGUCUACAGUUCUCUCGCGACAACAGCCAAGUGCUCAGUGCCUCCUUUGACUAUACUGUGCGUCUGCACGGCCUGAAGUCUGGCAAAAUGCUUAAGGAGUUUAAGGGUCACACAUCAUUUGUCAAUGAAACCACGUUUACACCUGAUGGUCACAGUGUGCUCAGUGCUUCUUCCGAUGGCACCGUUAAAGUCUGGUCACUGAAAACUACAGAAUGCGUAGCUACGUACAAGCCGUUGGGCAAUGAACUGGCCGUGAAUACUGUGCUUAUCCUGCCCAAAAAUCCUGAACACUUUAUCGUUUGCAAUAGGUCCAACACAGUUGUCAUUAUGAACAUGCAGGGCCAAAUUGUUCGAUCAUUCUCGUCGGGUAAGCGCGAGGGCGGCGCCUUUAUCUCAGCUACCCUGUCACCCCGAGGCGAAUUUAUUUACUGUGCUGGUGAAGAUCAAGUGCUAUAUUGCUUCUCGGUUUCUUCGGGCAAACUGGAGCGUACACUGAACGUACACGAAAAAGACGUCAUUGGCCUAACACAUCACCCACAUCAGAAUCUUCUGGCCACCUAUAGUGAAGACGGUCUACUAAAGCUAUGGAAGCCUUAGUUUCAAUAGGCCUAGAUCAACUGGUCGCAUACUAAGUUUUAUUUAGUAGCAAUAGAUUUUACGUAUCCAAAUAUAUGUAUUUUAUUUAACAGCACUGUAA